AAAAAACCCCAAUUUUGGCAAUUUUGUUUAACCAAAAAUUUCUGAAAAAUGAUCUUGUUUUUCCCCGUAGUCCUAGAAACAUCGAUUUAUUCCACUCUAUGAUUCCACUCAAAGUCAGGUCAAAGUGUCAAUUUUUGCGUUUUUCGCCACACCUCGACUUGAGAAGAAAAAAAAAUGGAUAUUAAUUUCGUGUACCAAAAGAAACGAAGCGAAUUCGGAAAACAAUGCAUGUUUUCGGACAAGGGCCCCGAACUGAUCGACAAUUUCCCCUCAAACAAGAAACUCUUACGCAACUACAUUCUCAGAGACCCGGUUUCACGGUCGACUCAUUGCGCCCCCAUCCAAGCCCAACACUACCUCAACACCACCCGCGCCGAAUACACCAACGCCGCCAUGAACCACAUCGAGGGGGGCUGGCCCAAGGAUGUCAACACCGCCGACGAGGAGCAAACCAAAAGGUACCGACGCAAAGUGGAGAAGGACGAAGGGUUCCAUCACACAGUCAUGCAACUCUGUCGCAAUAUGGAAAAUUGCAUUUUGCAAAAUAACGCGAUAAACAUCUACCAGCAGUAUUUCUCGGAUGUGGAGGCGACCCCUUUGGUGGAGCGCAGCUCCGCACGGACUGUUAACGUCUACCAGGACCAAAGUACCCCAACUCGGCCUGUGACCCACAUUUCGUGGUCCCCCGACAACCAGACGAAACUCGCAGUCUCGCAUUGUAAUCUCAGUUUUCAGGCUGUUGUCCCCAAUCAGACUACACAUUCCUACAUUUGGGAAGUUGAAAACCCCAAUUUGCCGUUGCACAUCCUCAAACCGGAGCAUCCGAUCGUAUGUCUUGAAUACAACCAAAAGGACCCCAAUUCGCUCGUUAGUGGCAUGUUCAAUGGGCAAGUGGCCGUAUGGGACACCCGAAAGGGGCACGAACCGGUCGAAUUAAGCGUCAUCGAGAACAGUUAUCGCGACCCCGUCCAUAACGUCCUUUGGAUCAACUCCAAAUCCGGCACCGAGUUCUUCGGCUCCUCCACCGACGGCCAAAUCAAAUGGUGGGACACCAGGAAGUUAACCGAGCCCACGGAGACCCUCAUCUUGGACAUAAGUAAAGACGACCAAUCCAUGACCAAUGCAUUGGGGGCUUCCUGUCUCGAAUACGAACCGACGAUCCCCACCCGUUUCAUGGUAGGCACCGAACAGGGGAAGGUCAUCUCGUGCAAUCGCAAAGGUAAGACGCCCCAGGAGAAGAUGAUGGGGCGAUUUGCGGCCCAUUACGGCCCCGUUUUGGCCCUCCAACGCAAUCCGGCCUUUUUGAAGAACUUCCUCACGAUUGGGGAUUGGACAGCGAGGAUUUGGUCGGAGGAUUGUCGCGAGAGCUCGAUUAUGUGGACGAGUUUCCACAGGGCGUUGCUCACAGAUGGGGCCUGGAGCCCCACUCGUCUCUCGGUGUUUUUCACCACGCGCAGUGACGGGAUUUUGGAUGUGUGGGAUGUGCUCCAGCAGCAGAAGCAGGCCUGUCUGGGGGUGAAAGUGUGCGAUGAGGCGCUCAAGUGUCUUCGGACGCAUGAAAUGGGGCGAUUGGUGGCGGUGGGGAACCAAAAAGGGACCACUUAUUUGGUGGAGUUUAGCGAGAAUUUAGCAAUGUCGAAUAAGAAUGAUAAAAUGUUGUUGACGGCGAUGUUUGAGAGGGAGAGUAAGAGGGAGAAGAUUCUGGAGGCGAGGAAUAGGGAGAUUCGGUUGAAGUUGAAAGCGAGAAGUGCACAGAAUGUUCCAGAGGAAGGGUUGGAAGAGGAGGGGAAACCAUCAGCGGUUGAUUUGUUUAUGGAUAGUAGUGUGGUGCAAGCUGAGAGCGAUUUUUAUGGGGUUGUGGAGGCGGAAAUGGCCGAUCCGGUGCCCGAAUUGCCCCCUGAAGAGGAGUUUGUGGGGGGUUUUGAUGAUUUUGAAGGGGAGACAGCCGAGGAAAGUCCGGGUGAAGUGAGCGAGCCAGUGGAAGAAGCACCCAAAGAAGUGAAGAAGAAGGGCAAAGGAAAAGGGAAGAAGAAGAAAUAAAGAAAUUCAAAAUCUGGUAAUUUUUAGUUCAUCAGGUUGGUAAAGAAAAAGAAAUAAAAAAUGAAAACAUCAACGUUAUUUAUUAUUUGUCACAUCAUAAUCUUUCA